AUGCCGGCGGGGCUGGUGGCGCCGACGCCAGACGAGACCGAGGCCGCGCUCACCUCGGCGGGCCUGAUGUGCAUCGCCACCGGGGCGGUGGGGGGGGUGCACAAGAGCUACUUUGCGGGCGCGCUAGCCCGCUGCCGCCCUCGGCUCGGCCAGCUCCGCCGCUCGGGCGGUUGGUUCAUGCUCGAGCUGUGCGUGCUGUAUGCGGGCGGGACCGUGCAGGCCACCUACCGCGCCGACUCGGCGGGCGGUAUGCCGCCGCUGUGCGGUCACUUCUCGGCGCUGCUCGGGAGGCUGUUUGCCGCGCCGCUGGCCGAGGUGUGA